CAAAAAAAUUGUCAACUUUGAGGAUAUUUUUUGUUAAACCAAUUCUUAACAAUUCUUGCUCAAUCUACGAAACUCCAUUAAAAUAACCUGUACCUUCACAACAGAUGAGCAAUCUUUCAAUCAAAGUUAAUGGCAAAAUAUGUUAUUGUAUUUAUUCCAAGAUAUUGUUGCUAGAAUUCAGUACAAACAGUUCAAAAUAAGACCGCCAUGUUAGCAAGAUCUGUUACAGUUGGUGCCUCAAAAACCUCUAUUAGUAGAGUGAAGACAUUAUGGAAUCUAAAACUAUCGCAUUUGGAUCCGAAAACGCCAGUAGCAAGUGAUAUAGAAAUUGCCAGAAGCCAUACUCCGAAAGAUGUUAAUAUACUUGCUGAGGAAAUCGGGUUGCUGCCCACCGAAGUGUCUCCAUAUGGGAGUAAGAAAGCUAAAAUCUCUCUGAGAGUCCUUAACAGACUUAAGGACAGCCCCAAUGGAAAGUAUGUGGCCGUAACGGCAAUAACACCCACACCAUUUGGAGAAGGUMAAAGUACCACCAUGCUAGAAUUGGCUCAAGCUCUAUCCACGAUAUUGAGAAAAAACACUAUCGCUACAAUGAGGCAACCAUCUCAAGGUCCAACGUUUGGCAUUAAAGGCGGAGCAGCAGGAGGCGGCUAUUCGCAAGUUCUCCCAAUGGAGGACAUGAAUUUACAUUUAACUGGCGACAUUCAUGCAAUAACAACUGCGAAUAAUCUUCUGGCUGCCCAGCUGGAUGCCAGAAUAUUCCACGAAGCCACUCAACAAGAUAAGGCUUUGUAUGAUCGUCUAGUACCUAAAGUUAAUAGUUCAAGGAAAUUUGCGACUAUUCAACUGCGGAGAUUGCAGAAAUUGGGAAUCAGCAAAACUGACCCGGACAGUUUGACUGAAGAAGAAAGAGUGAACUUUGCCAGGUUAAACAUUGAUCCUAAACAGGUCAUUUGGAGUAGAGUGGUUGAUAUUAAUGACCGAUUCCUGCGAGAAAUUACUAUUGGACAGUCUCCAACAGAAAACGGUUUGACCAGAAAAACAGGCUUUAUGAUUUCGGUUGCUAGUGAAAUAAUGGCCAUCUUAGCACUAGCAACUGAUCUAGCAGAUUUGAAGAGUAGAUUAGCGAAAAUGGUGGUCGCUUUUGAUAGAACUGGAAAGCCAGUUACUGCAGAUGAUUUGGUGGUGACAGGAGCUUUGCUGGUUUUGCUCAAGGACGCAGUAGAGCCGACGAUGUUGCAAACUCUAGAAGGUUCUCCUGUGUUAGUCCAUGCAGGGCCAUUUGCCAACAUUGCUCAUGGCGCCAACUCUAUACUGGCUGAUAAAAUUGCCCUAAAACUCGUAGGAGAGGAUGGAAUUGUUGUUACUGAAGCUGGAUUUGCUUCCGACAUUGGAAUGGAAAAGUUCUUCAAUAUAAAAUGUAGACAAUCAGGAGAUAUUCCCAGUGCUGUGGUAUUGGUGGCCACGAUCAGAGCUUUAAAGAUGCAUGGGGGUGGGCCUCCAGUUAAACCUGGAGAGCCAUUAUCUGCAGAAUACACUCAGGAGAACGUGGACCUUCUGAGAAACGGCUUACCAAAUGCAAUAAAGCACAUAAGCAAUGCCACUAAGUAUGGGCUUCCCGUUGUAGUUGCUAUAAAUCAUUAUCAAACUGACUCUGAUGUGGAGGUGCAAUUUCUGGUAGAGGAACUGGGAAAAGCUGGAGCCUUCAAAGUGAUUGUUGCCAAACACUGGUCAAUGGGAGGUAAAGGUGCUGAAAAUCUAGCAAACGCUGUUGCUCUAGCUGUAGAACAACCCAGUAGUUUCAAGUUCCUCUACGAUCUGAAUCUUCCACUCAGAGAGAAAAUCGAAAUAAUUGCCAAAGAAAUGUAUGGAGCGGGCCAAGUUAACUACACAGAACAGGCGCACAGAAAACUUGAUACAUAUAAGAAACAAGGAUUUGGCAAUUUGCCGAUUUGUAUGGCUAAAACCCCAUUGUCAUUAACUGGAAAUCCUGCAAUCAAAGGAGCCCCGACUGGAUUUGCUUUGGGUGUUAAGGAUGUUUCUGCCGCAAUUGGGGCCGGAUUCAUAAUACCAUUAACACGGGAAAUUACUAGAAUUCCUGGAUUGCCAACAAGGCCAGCAAUAUACGAUAUCGAUUUAAAUGUAGAAACGGGGGAAAUUGAAGGACUAUUUUAAAUAAACAUGUUGGGAGAUUAA